AAGCCCCGCCCCUAGUCUUAUGACCCGCGCUGAAGCGCCGAGUCCUGGCGUUGGCAGUGCUGUGGUCGGUGGUCUGCGGUUCUCUCGGCCGGAUUCCGGCAAGCGUUUUCCCUGGUGUCGCUGCUGCUGUUGCCGUCGCCGCCGCCACCUCUACUCCGACCAGCCGCCGCCUGCUUUGCGGAAUCAUGGUGUGCUUCCGCCUCUCCCCGGUUCCGGGCACUGGGCUCGUUCUGCUCUGCCUCGUCCUGGGAGCGGUCUCAUCUUAUGCAUUGGAAUUUAAUGUGACAGACUCAGAAAAAGCCGUUUGCCUUUUUGCAAAAUGGCAGAUGAAUUUCACAAUACGCUAUGAGACUACAAACAAAACUUACAAAACUGUAACCAUUUCCGACUUCAGCACUGCAUCAUAUAAUGGAAGCGUUUGUGGGGAUGAUCAGAACAAUCCCAAAAUAGUGGUGCAGUUUGGAUCUGGUUUUUCCUGGACUGUGAAUUUUACCAAGGAAGAGUCUACUUACUCAAUUGACAGCAUCUCGUUUUCCUACAACACUAGUGAUAAGGCGACUUUUCCCGAUGCUAAAGAUAAAGGAAUUUUGACCGUCCGUGACGCUGUGGGAUUCAGAAUUCCUUUGAACGACAUGUUCAGAUGCAAUAGUUUAUUAACUCUAGAGAAUAGCGGUGUCGUCCAGUACUAUUGGGAUGUUCACGUACAGGCUUUUGUCCAGAAUGGCACAGUGAGCACAAAAGAGUAUCUGUGUGAAAAAGAUAAAACUUCCACCACUGUGGUACCCAUCACCUCCACCGCUGCGCCAUCCCCCACCACAGCACCUACUCCAAAGGAGAAACCAGAGGUGGGAUCCUACUCGGUUAAUAACAGCAAUGGUACUUGUCUUCUGGCUACCAUGGGGCUGCAGCUGAACUUCACUCACAACAAGGUGGUUUCAAUUAUUAACAUCAACCCCAACACCACGGACUUCACCGGGAGCUGCCAGCCUCGGAGUGCCCUGCUCAGCCUGAACAGCAGCAACGUCAAGUAUCUUGACUUCGUCUUUGCUGUGAGAAAUGAAAACAGAUUCUAUCUGAAGGAGGUGAACGUCAGCGUGUACUUGGUUAACGGCUCUGUUUUCAGCAUCGCAAAUAACAAUCUGAGCUACUGGGAUGCCCCCCUGGGAAGUUCUUACAUGUGCAACAAAGAGCAGACCAUUUCUGUGUCUGGAGCCUUUCAGAUAAAUACCUUUGAUCUAAGGGUUCAGCCUUUCAAUGUGAUGGAAGGAAAAUACUCUACAGCCCAGGAGUGUUCGCUGGACGAUGACACCAUUCUAAUACCAAUUAUAGUUGGUGCUGGUCUUUCAGGCUUGAUUAUUGUUAUAGUGAUUGCUUACCUAAUUGGCAGAAGAAAAAGCUAUGCCGGAUAUCAGACUCUGUAAUACUAAUCCGUAUGUGAUCUCUGUUACAAUAUAAUAAAGCAAGUACAAGUUCUAACAUGGCAGUACUGUUCAAUUUCAGGUAUAUUUAGUUGCAGUUCUCAUUUUAGAAUGGGUAGUGUGGGGGAUUUCAGACUUAAUAAAUAAAAACACCAUGAAAAUAUCAGCUACAAAUUAGUCACCUGAUUUUGGUUUCCUCAACCAUGGAAUUUAAAACUGUUAAUUUCUGUGGCAAAAAGCAUGUGUAAAGUCACCUGGAUGAUUGACUCCAUUCUGUUAUCUUGAGUUAGGAUUCGUGUUUUCACUUUAUGUAUUCUGACUAAAAGCAAACAGUUUAGGAAAAGCAGUUUUCAAAAAAAGAUUCUUUUUUCCCCUGCAUGUAGUCCAAAUUGAGACUGUGCAUCCUACAGUGGAUUUGUACUUGCUUCUUUUGUAUUUUUUUGUGAUUCUGUUUGCAGGUUAACUUAGCGACUUUGGCAUUGCUGCAUAUUUGACCUAUGAGAGUUAUGCCAGUAGAUUCGCAUAGAGUCUGGUAUUAUGUUCUUAGCAAUGAAUGCUUUUCUAAUGCCUUUUGAAUAUACUUGUAUUUGAUAUGGCUGUAAUGACAAAAGGUACAAAAGCUGUAUACAUUUUGGAAUAGGUGUUAAUCUUGUUUAAUCCUUUAAAAAAUCUGGAAUUUUCUGUCUUUUAAAUGGCAAGACACAAGACUCCCAACUGGGCAUUUCAAUCUAUUUUCUAGGUGCUUUAGAGAUAAUUGCUAGGCCAUGCCAAUUUGGGGCAUUAGUCCUUCGUACCUGUAAAUUGGGCUUUAGGUACCCUGCUAAAAUGAAUGUAGUUUCUCUUCAGCUUUGUAGUAUCUUUGCUAGUGGUAGGAUGUUGUAUUCUUUUUUUUUCUUUUUCUUUCCUUUUCUUUCUUUUCCUUUUCUCUCCUUUCCUUUUCUCUUUCUUAAAGAAGAAAUGCCAGGAAGUCCUAGAACUCUGCUAAAGAAGCGCACUUCUACUUAGCAAGUAACUUGCACCUAACCCAAAAGUCUUGGUCUUCUCUUAUCCCAUUAAAAAGUUGUUCUUUGUUUCCAGCUUGCAUUGACACUUACAGCAUUUACUAAAUUGGCUUUCACCGUUAAAUGGUUCUGUGCUAAUCAAAACUUAGCAUUAUCAUUGUUCAUUAUGGUAGAAUCAUUAUUCAUUCAUGUACUUUGUGAUCGGUUUUGUGCCCUGGGAGAUGGACCAGUUGUCCAUUUACUGUGCACUACCUAAUGUUUAUAUGGGAAAGCAAAACAUUUCAGCUUGAUAGUUAACACAUAAAGGAUUUCGCGCUGCUUCCAGGAGAUCUUCUUUUUUUGGGUGUUGGAAUGGCUGAGUAAAUAUUAAAGAGUUGUUAAUAUGCACCCCUAUAUGGAAGGUGCUUGUGUUUUGGAGGUGGGAGAUGAUGUGCCCCCAUAUUCACUAGAAAAUGGGACAUCUGGGUUCCAAACAAUUACUGAUGUAGAAUUAAUUUGGUAGCUUAGCUCUACACACCACACACACACAGGCAAUUAUUAUUGCGUGGUAGCAUGUGUAUGUCCGUAAGUAUCUUUCAAGUUAAUAUUGGAGCGGUAAAAAUUUUCUUCUACUUAAAUUUGCUCUCUGCUUAGAGUAGCCUGAAACUCUUACUGGCUCAGAAUCUGAUUCCUGACCAGCCCCUUGAUACAGCUACAUUGAGCUGCAUUGCCAGCUUAAGGCACCUUUUGAGGACUAAAUAGAAAUCUGAUUUUUAAAACUUAUUUUUUACUUAAAUAAUGCUCUAGUGUAUGAUUGUUAACCUUAUAUGAAUGGGUAAUGCUUAGAAGAAUAUAGACGUUAGAUACUUCUCAUGAGUCGAAACAGAGCAGCCUUUUUUUUUUUUUGGAAAAUAAAAAUUGGAAGCACAAGCAGAUGGGACUAGCUUAAUGCUGUUCAUGUUUCUAAAAGGUUUUACAUUUAGAUUAUAUACCUAAUUCAUAUUAAAAUACCUCUAAUUAGCACUGUUUAUAGAAACUCUGACUUCAUUGAAUAUUUUUGUAUUUUACAUGGGCCAGUUUAUAUACUCUUAUUCACACUGUUAUUUCCUGUAGCCACAUGUUCUUUGUACCUUUUGUAGUUUUGUUCAUUUUACUGGGUUUAUACCUUGAUGGUCUAACAUUGCUAUCUGGUUCUGGGUGUUUUUCAUGUCUUAGCAUUUGUAUAAAGAAACUGGUCCAUGUAAAUACUUUUCAUGGUUUUUUUUUUUUUCUUCAAAUGUUUAAACCACUAGUCGAUGUAUGGUGUUUCUCUUUAGAUAUUUGCCUGUCCAUUUGCUUAACAUAUUGCUUCUGAAACAAACAAUAAAGAUUCUUUUAUUUCUUAA